UUUCAUACGCUUGCUUGACUUCUAGCGUGUGUAACGCUGUUGCACCUCCUCUUACCCCUCCCGUUGUCUAGUUGACAGGAAUCUCCUCAGGCAGGAUUGGAAAGCACUGACAGAGAUAAUGGCCGUUCCUCCUACCUAUGUUGACCUUGGCAAGUCCGCCAAGGAUGUCUUUACCAAGGGAUACGGUUUUGGUCUCAUCAAGCUGGACUUGAAAACAAAGUCAGAGAAUGGACUGGAGUUCACCAGCACGGGCUCUGCCAACACCGAGACCAGCAAAGUGGCCGGCACCCUGGAGACCAAGUACAAGUGGGCCGAACACGGACUGACCUUCACUGAGAAGUGGAACACCGACAACACUCUGGGCACCGAGAUCACUCUGGAGGACCAGUUGGCCAAAGGGCUUAAACUGACGUUUGAUUCCUCCUUCUCGCCAAACACUGGCAAGAAGAGUGGUAAGAUCAAGACUGGCUACAAGAGGGAGCACAUCAACCUGGGGUGUGAUGUGGACUAUGACAUUAACGGGACGGCUGUGCACGGCAUGGCGGUGGUGGGCUACGAGGGCUGGCUGGCCGGCUACCAGAUGACCUUCGAGGCCGGGAAGAACAGGGUCACCCAGAGCAACUUUGCCGUGGGCUACAAGACCGACGAGUUCCAGCUCCACACAAAUGUAAAUGAUGGCACCGAGUUCGGGGGCUCCAUCUACCAGAAGGUGAACGACCAGCUGGAGACAGCAGUCAACCUGGCCUGGACCGCUGGCAACAGCAACACCCACUUUGGCAUUGCAGCCAAGUACCAGAUUGAUGCUGACGCAUCUUUCUCGGCCAGAGUGAACAACUCUAGCCUUGUGGGCCUGGGAUACACUCAGACUCUGAAGCCUGGCAUUAAGCUGACCCUUUCUGCUCUCCUGGAUGGGAAAAACAUUAACACCGGUGGGCACAAGCUCGGUCUUGGCCUAGAGUUUGAGGCAUAAGAAGGCAAGGAACACAACAACCCCAAACCUCCAAAUAUUUUAUUGAAAUAGCUAUCCUCACCACCUUGUUUCCCUUACAGUAGAUGUGCUUUGGUUGAGGUGAGGCGGCACACGUGGUGAAAUCACACUACAGUUGAUAUUCCACUUUUACAGGACCAUUUCAGAUAAAAUAUUUCGGAAUACAGGGCCCAGUUUAGAACAAAACUAAGAUCUUUUAAAGGUCGGCAAAACGUAAAAAUGAAAAAGGUCUGUUAAGGUCUUAUGCAUUUGUAUUUCACUACAAUCAUGUAAACACUAAUUUAUUUAUAUAUUUUUUCAAAGCUGAUAAGAGAAAAUAAAAUACUGUAGAUAAAAAAAAAAAAAGGAUUUGGUAAACA